AUGCCAGCAAACAAUCUUUCGGGAGGUGGUGCAUGGAUUCCUCAGUCGGGCGGCGGUCUGCGGUAUUACACCACAGAUGAGGUCAACGCCUAUAUUGGGCUCCUCAUGCUGUCUCACGGCGAUGCCGUCGAGCAACACCGUCGGUCACGACAGGGUGAUUCAUCUAGUUCGCAGGCCAAAGAUGGACAGUCAUCCAAGAUCUUGCUUGUCGACAAGCGAGACGAUGGAGAGGAGCAACCGGGCGCACUGGUAGAUCGGCUGGUGGCACGCGACGACACGCUCAAUUGGAGCCCAUACUACCUUCGGAAGGCGCUGGACUAUGCCGCCGCCACCACCUCCACCGCCAACGACGCCGAGGUCCGGGCCAAGCUUCGCGAUCGGGCAAAAGAAAAGCUGGCUCUGGACAAGUGGCGGGUCAAGAGCAGGGGUCAAAUACCGGCGGGAGGAAGGAUCAGGAUCAAAGAAAACACCACAGUUCUCAACUUCGCCGGCCACUCAACAGCAAAGGCACUGCAGUGCUCAAUACUGAGGCAAGACAAGCUCGCCUGUGCACACAUCCGACGGUGGAAAGGAGAGGAGGCUGGGGCAGAAAUUGGGACCAGGAGAGAGGCAUAG